CACUGCGAGUCAGCGAAAAAAUUGUGGCGAAACUUCUUAAAAUUGUUUAGGUUACUGCGCGUUUGUUUAUUUCGCAUCGGAAUAAUCAUCAUUGCAACGCUUCUAAUCAUACAUUAAAACCUACAAAAGCAAUCCAAACAAACAAAACCAAAUGGAGCGAAGUCGCAGGGGCAGGAUACGCCGGAUGCCGUCGUCCGGAUCGGAUAGCGAUAGCUCCACGGCAGGACCAAGUAGCAAGAGGAGCAAGCAGUUCGACCCGACCGAAUCCGAGGCAGAGGCAGAGGCGGAAUACAUUGAAUAUCUCGAAGAGGAUGAGGAAGAUCAGGAGAGUUUAGAGGAAGCGUCUACUUCGCAGGCGUCCACUUCGAGAUCUCAGGUCACGCAGACGCAGGCGCGGCAAACAGGUCCGAACAUGUCGCAGCGUGUCAACAACUUUAACCUAUCGUCUGAGCUGUCCAUACCAACUGCCUUUGAUCGUUGCGGCAAAGUGAUUUCCAUGCGGCUCACCAACUUCAUGUGCCACUCCAAUCUGUUCAUCGAGUUUGGCCCCAACAUCAACUUCCUGGUCGGCAAUAAUGGCAGUGGCAAGAGCGCCGUGAUCACUGCUUUGGCUCUGGGCCUCACCAGCAGUGCUAGAGCGACCAACAGGGCCAGCAGCAUACAGAAGCUUAUCAAAAACGGCGAGGCGAGUGCCACCAUUGCCAUUACCCUGUCCAAUGCGGGAUUGCGACCCUUUAAAGCUGAUAUCUUUGGACCCCAUCUCACAGUGGUACGUCAAAUACGUCACUCAUCCUCCACCUACGACCUCCAGGAUGCUUGCGGCAGGAGCGUAUCCAAGAAAGUGGCCGAAAUCCGGCGCAUGCUGCUCUGCUUCGGCAUCAACGUGGAGAAUCCCAUUUUUGUGCUGAAUCAGGAGGCGGCGAGGGAGUUUCUAAAAGAAUUGGAGCCCGCUUCGAAUUACAAACUUCUGAUGAAGGCAACUCAACUGGAUGUUUGCACCAGCAGUCUGACCGAGUGCCAUGCCCAGCGUCGCCAUUUCACCCAAGAUCUGGAGCAACUUGAAAAGAAAAGGGAUGUGGUGGCCAAGCAGGUUGAGGCUGAAGGGGAAAAGCUGCUGAUACUUAAGGAUAAGGAAAAUGUCAAGGUAAAACUAGAACAGUGUAAGACCAAGCUGGCAUGGAUGGCUGUGACGAAUUAUCAGACAGAGCUCGACAAUCUAGAACAUUCCAUCAAACUGAUUGAAAACAAAAAGGCCAAGCUGGAGCAAACUACGUCCAAAAAAGAGAGCACCCAAGCCACAAUGACCCAACAACUGAGCGAGUUUGAAGCUACCAAAAAUCAAAUUUUAGCGACCUACAAAGUUCAGGACGAAAAGCUAAGGGCAGCCAAGCGGGCAGUGCAGGAUCUGCUCCUAAAAACAAGCAAUGUCAAGGCCCAGAUCGUCAACGCCGAGAGACGCAUGCGAGAGGAUCAGCAUGCGUACGAUGAAUGCGAGAAGCUGAUUGGAAACUACCAUGCCGACUUCCAUCGGGUGAAAGAGCAGCGGGAGGAGCACGCCAACAAGAUGGAGGCGCUGAAGAAGCAGGUGGCGGACAGCGAAGAGUUAAUCGCCCGGUUGCGGGAGGAGCAGCAGCAGAUAAAGCGAGAAAUCAGUUCGGUUCAGGAAAGAGUGGAUGCUGUAAAAAAUGAAAGAAUCGAGCUCCAUAAAUCAAAACAAAACAUCAGUAGGGAAAUUGAGGCGCUGUCCCGGAAUAAAUCCAAUAAACUGUCUGUAUACGGUGAGCAGGCAAUACAGGUUGUUCAUGCGUUGCGAACUCAGUACGCCGGCUCCAAUAUGCAUAGGAUGCCCCGCGGUCCUCUGGGCCAGUACAUCAGUGCUCCCAAUCCAAAAUAUAGGGAUUUGAUCGAGAACCAGCUGAUGUCCUGCCUGCGAUCCUAUAUCGUUAGCUCCGACCGGGAGCGACAGUCCCUUCGAGCGUUGCUGCAGAACAAGUUCCCCGGCGGGAACAUGCCCACCAUUAUCACAAGUCCGUUUACGGAUCGCGUUUAUGACGUGUCCAGGAAUAAGGUCCGGCCUACAACGCCAAAUACCACUGUGCUGAUCGAUGAAAUCAGCUGCGACGAUCCUGUGGUAAUGAACUACCUCAUAGAUAUGCUACGCCUCGAAACGGUUCUGGUGACGGAGUCCAAGGAGACAGCGGAGUUCCUUACUUCCGACACGGAAAAUGUUCCGCCCAAUCUGUCGAGGGUGCUGGUGCCGAACCUGGGACUGGAGUACAUACCCUCGCCCAACUAUGCCGUCUACUCGACUAGAAUAAAUCCCGCGCGCUAUAUUCACAUAAACGUCGACGAUCGCAUACGUCAGCUUCAAAUGGAGCACGGUGAUCUUCAGGAAAAAGAGGCUUCUUUGGAAAUAGACUAUAUGCAACACAGAAAAAUGCUAGAAAACACCCACCAAGAAAUUACAAAGAAAAGUGCCAUGAUUGGUCAGCAUCAAUCGAAGAAUCAGCGGGCAAUGCAGCAGAUAUUGGAGCUACAAAACUUUGACUAUCAAGAGCUGCCCGAAUAUGAUCGACUGAAAUCCCAUUUGGCCGAUAGCGGUGAAAAAAUUGAGAAAUGUAAAGAAGAACGCGAAAUGCUGUUGAAAAAACUGAAGGAAAUUGUAGAACGAAAGGCGGAACUUCAGGCAGCCGAAGCCGAAGAAAAGAGAUCCCUUGAGGGAAUUCACGAAAAGCUAUCCACACUGGACACCGAAACCCGCGAAGUGGAAAGCAAGAUCCGCAGUCUGGACCUUCACUAUCAGGAAAACACUCGUAACUUGGAGAAAACGUUGCAGCUCGAGAGGAAAUUGGUUGGCGAGAAGAAGACCAUGCUGAAUGAACUGGAAAAGGCCCGAGUCGAGGCUGAGAAAUUCGGAGAGUUUGUGGCUACGACGCAAUCGGAGGAGAAAAUCCGCGAAUCAAUUAGUCGCUACAGAUCGAAGAUCAAGCAGGUGGAGCAGCUGAACUACAACCCAGAAGAGGUGGAGAAAGGGCUUGCAGAGCUGCGAGACGAGCUGGGACUUCAGGCCCGGCACUUGGCCGUGGUAGACUCCGUGAUCAAGAAGCUACGUAUGGCGUACCAUCAGCGCGCGCAACUAUUCCAGAGAUCGCGCCAUCACUACUUUACAAUGGUUCAGUUUCAGUUUGAGCAAGCCCUUGCUAUGCGACAAUUUAAAGUUAGUUUUGAGACCAGUGACAAGGAAAAAACGUGGAAGAUCAAUGUAUUUCCACCCAGUGGAAAUGAAACUUCCAACACAAGAAGCUUAUCAGGCGGUGAACGCUCGUUUACCACAGUUUCCUUGCUGAAAGGUCUUUGGAGCACUUCAGAUCAUCCCUUCUAUUUUCUUGACGAAUACGAUGUGUUUACAGAUGAAGUUAACCGCAAGUUUAUUACGGAAAUUCUGAUAGGCGAGGGUUUGGAGUGGUUGUCUCGUCAGUAUUGUUUUCUAACGCCCCAGGAUACGAGGGUCGAGGCUAGCAAUCUCAUUACAGUGCACAAAUUGGACGCUCCCGACCGGUAAAUUUAAUAAGUAUUAUAUUUAUACUCGGAAGUUGCAGGACGACAAAGCAUCAGUAUCAACUACAAAAGAGUUUAAGCUAAAUAUGAAUGGUUACCUUUAUUUUAAGAAGAAAAUAUAAUGUUUAUGUAUGUUUAAAUUUUAAGUUCAAUGCUCUU